UUAAUAAAAAAAUCGAACAUCGACCUAUCAGUCUUAACAUUGAUCAUCUCUAACCUCAAUUCUGCGGUGGAUCCAGUAUUACUAUGACGUACUAAUCACAAAAAUGGCGAGAUGAUGCGUUUACUUUAAGUGCCUUUUCGUCGAAACGGGUGUAGGGAGACUAUCAGUUUGUUAGCACACAUCUAUAAUUACAAGAUUUUAUAUGGAGCAAUGGACUCCAUUAGUGCCAGUUUGUCAGAUUCUACUGACAUGGACGUUUCGACAUUAGUCAAACAAGAUCAAAACUACAAAGCGAUCAACAGUACUGGUGAACUAUGUGGCGAAACUGAAGGUUUACGUAUUCUCGAUGAAUUUCGUAAAUUAUACGAGAGUCGUAUCAAGAAAAUCGAUGGGGAGUCUCGCGGCGAGUUUGACCGAGUUUCUGCGAAACUACAGAUAAUGAGUGAUUGGAUUAAAGAUUUAGGAGACCAAAAUACUAUGUUAGUACAAACAGUGCAAGAUUUAGAACAAGCAGCUUGUAGUAGAGUUAAGUUAUUGGAAGAAAAAUUAAAAAAGUCUUCGCAAAUAGUUGAAGACAAUCUGAUAGGAUCAAAUCAUUCUGAAGAGGCUCUAAAUAUUCUUUCAAAUCGUGUUGACAAGUUGCAAAAAGAUGAAAAGUUUCUAGUUAGAAAAAUAGAAUGUCUACAAAGUGACAUUAGAGGAUUGUUGGAGUUAAUCCGUCGUGCAUGUUGCCAAAAUAUUUGGAGUCUUGAGGGUAUAACAUUUUUUGAAAUUCAACCUAAGGAUAUUCCACUUCAAUCACUGGACUGUAUCUGUAACCAGGAACAGAUAGAGCAUGAACAAGUAAAAUCCUUGAAUUUGGAAAUAGAACGACUUCAGGAAAAUGAGAAAAAAAUGAUUAGAACUAAAGUGGAAUUGGAGGGAAAGAUAGAAGAUCUUAAAACAAAAUCAUCAGUGAAGGAUGAGACUUUAAAAAGAUAUGUUUCUAGACUUCAGAGUUUUUGUGAAAAACUUAGAGAGCACUCUAAACAGACAAGUCAAGUUAUUAAUUAUCCAUUGACCAUUAUUUCUGAUCAGGAUUGUGAUAUUAUGUUAACACCUGAUAUUCUGGAAAGUGUGUUAAUUGCUAAAGAUACAGAGAAUAAAAAUUUGUAUCGACAACUCCAAGAAGUCGAAUCAAAAUUUAUGGUGCACACUCACAAAAGUAAUAUUGAAGCAAAUAAUCUGCAAAGACAGCUUGAAGAGGAAUGUAAAAAGGUACAACAGUUGCAGACGGAAGUAACUCGUUUGGAAGAGGAGGUUGCAGGAACACGGAAUGUAAUGGCAAAAAUUGUUACACUUAAGAAUGAAAACUGUCAUGCAAAUAUAGGAAAUAGUCUGAGGAAUGAUGUGAUUAAAGAAAUAUGUAAAGAAUUAAAGAAAACAACUCUAGAGGAUACAUCUCGAAAAGUUCGUAUUGAUACAAGUAAUUGUCCAGAAAUAUAUUCUGUGCCUUCAACAGAUCCUACAUAUUAUUCUAAAAAGGAUGAAUUUAUAUCGUUCCUGAAUAGUACAAAAGUACAUAUACAGAAAGAGUGUGAGAUUUUGUCUGAUUUAAAACUGGAACUGAAGAAAUUUGUAGAAAAAUUGAUUGAUAAAACUGCUGAGGCGAAUGAUUGCAUUAUAUCUGACAGUUGUACAAAUGAAAAUAAACUUUGCAUAAGCAAUAUGUCAGAUAAACUAAGCAGCUGUAUUGAAAUUAUUACCAAAAUGUACUCGGAAAGAGAAAAAGAAAUUACACUUUAUGAUUGCAUGAUAAAGAAAGAAGAAAAUCAAUGUCAUUGUGGAUGCGGCGAUUCUAAUGAUAUUAAAUUAAAUGUGAAUGACGCACGACAAUUUAAGCUGAUGGAAGAAUUCAGAAUAUGCACUGUAGAAGUUCAAGCAGCAACAGAAGAUAUUCGUGAAGAGAUAAGCACUAUUGUUUCGACAUUUAAUUCGCGACAUCAAAAUUAUGAAGACUUGAGCAAGAUGGUCAUUAGUGUACAAAGUUACUUAGCAAAAACACGAGAAGGACUAAUAGAAGCUAUCAGUAGAUUAGAAUUACAAGAAGAAGAGAGAUUGAGACGCAGUGAAAGAAUUGCGAAUGGCAAAAUUAAACUGAAAGAUAUAAAAGAUCAAAUUAAUCUCGGUCAAUCAGAGUUAUUCCGUUGUAUUAAUAAUGUGCGAGAAAAACAGGAAUGUAACGAAUUCGAACAUAUGAAAGCGUCUAUCAGUAAUAACUUAUUAACUGUCAUAACGGAAGAAGUGGAACAAAUAUUAACUAAUUUGCAGUUCUUUCAAACUCAGGGUGGUUAUAUAACGUCGAUACUAAAAGAAUUAAAAAAUCAGCUAUGUACCAUGGAUUGUUCUUUAAAAGAUUUACAGUUGAAGACAGGUGACGUGGUGUUAAACAACGAAGCUGCGAAUAUUACAUUCUGCGAGAGAGAGAACAGGUUAGCUAGAUUAGAAGAGGAAAUCGACUGCACGCAUACAAAAAUGCACGAUGUAUUAGAAAUAUUCCUUUCCGUGAGACAAGAAGAAAAGGAACAGUCCUCUUGCUUUAAUAAUCAGAUCAUUUCGCAGGAGAUAAAUGAUAUAAUAAAAACGAAAGAAGAUUUACAUAAAUUAAAAAAGGAAUGUGAUGACUUGAAACUUCAUAUGGCACAGCAAGCAUGUCAGAUAAAGUAUGAUGAGAGACUACGUAAGUGGGAAAAUUGUGUAACUGAUUUGGAAGAUCAAAUUAAAGUAUUGCAACAUGAGAUAAAAUGCAAACAAGAAGUAAAUAAUUUGUUGAAAAAUAGCAUCGAGUCUAAAGAGAAAGAACUGAUAAGUAUACAAGCAAAAGCGGAAAAUUAUAGGCAGUGCCAAAACAAAGAUAAUAUGGAAUUAAAGAAGAAAAUAAUAGAACUGGAGGAUAUCAUCAAAACACAGAAAAAAAUAGAGAGUGAUUUGCAAGAAAGCUUAAAUAGUCUAAAUAAUGAAUCAAAAGUUAAGAAUUCCACAGAAAUUCCAAAUUCUUUCUGCAUGGAUCAUGGUACAGAAACGAUAAUUUUACGUUGCGACUAUCCAUCUAAAUAUGAGAAUAUAUCUCAUUGGUUGAAAACGUUGCAAGAUGCAGUACAGUCUGCAAAAUUGGUAGUUCAGGGCUUAGAAAGUGAACUUAAACACUUGAUACGCAAUGAAUUGUCUCAAUCCUCUGUUUCGACAAGAUCUGAUGUAACAUUGAUAGAGACAUUGGAAAAGUGCAGGAAAAGAUUGGACACUCUCUGUUCUGACGAGUUAAGCAAGCUGGAAAGUGCUGUGUAUUCUAAAGAAAAACUUUUAGAAAACCUAGAAAAGGUCAUACAAAUACAACAAGAUUCUUUAAAAAUGAGCCAAGCCGAAAUAAAAGAUUUGCAUCAAAAACUACAAGAAAAAAUUGAUAAGCAAAGCCUUACUAUUGCACAAUACGAGAGAGAAAAAAACGAGUUGCUGAAACAGAAUGAACUUCAAAUUCAAACAAUCGGGCACCUACAAAAUGCUGUUGUUGAAGCCAAGAGAAAUUUAGAUCAAAUGGGACACAAGACAAUGAGUGAUCUCUACGAGAAAGACGAAACGAUUCGUCAACUAGUGAUGUACGUUGAUGAAACACAAGAGCAGUACAACGAAUGUUUUACAGAGGCAACUAACCAGGAUUUGUUGCUGGAUCUGCAACGAGAUGCUAUUGACAGUUUGCAUAAAAAAAUUCGUUCUUUAGAGUAUGAUAAAUAUUUGAGUACUACUAUAUUGCAUACAAUGUAUUAUUCGAUUUUAAAUAUAAUACAGGAACAAAUACAUUAUCAUAUAAAGGAUUUUCAAACACUGAAAUGUAAAAUGGAAUAUUUCAUGCAGACAAAGAAUAUUUCUAAAUGUGAAUACGAAAACACAAAGAUGUCCAAGCAGUGCAUGGAGCAGAAGUUAAAACAGUUUAAUUGUACUUGUUUGUGUGCGAUAUAUCCUAAAGACAAGAUCUAUGACACUGGAAAUCUAAAAUAUUUUUCAUGCAACUGUACAUCACACGGGGAGAGAUAUUCAGAUAAAGAAGUGGAGAUGGAGAAUAUCUCUCAAGUUCAACGAUUAAAAGUAGAAUUGCAGAAAAUAAAAGAUAUUGAAUGCGAUUUAAGAUGCGAAAAUCAACAACUCAAAACCGAUCUGCAACAUAACAUAUCAAAAACUGAAGAUUUGAUAAAAAAACUGGAAUAUAUUAAACAGAAGGAAACUAAAUAUAAAGAACUUAUACUGCAAUUAGAAAAUGGAGAGAGAGAGAUUGAGAAUUUAAGUGAUCAAAUUACUAAUAAGGAAGAAAUAAUUAAAGAUCAAUCUCACGAACUUGAAGCGCUUCGAAACAAAUUUCUUAUAAAGAAUCAACAAGUAGAAGAAGACCUAUCCGACUUGAAUGCAUCGGAACACGAAAUGCUGGGUAUUUUAUGCGAUCGAAUAUAUUCUUUGAAAACUUUACUUCAAGAAAAAUCCGAUUAUAUGGUUAAAUUGGAAGCUGAUUAUAAGUUACUUGAGAACGAGAAUUCUAUAUUAAAAAAUCAGAAUAGUAUUAUUGAGAAUCAAACUAAAGAUGAUAUCAGCCAGUUAAAGGAAAAGCUCAAAAGAAUGUAUUUGAAAGUACGUCAGACGGAAGAUAAUUAUCAACGAGUAACUGAAGAUUUCAAUAAAGUUCAAGAUAAACUGUUAUUAGCAACGACAGGAGAUGCUGACUUGCAAAAAUCAUUAAGGAUUAUGGAGGAGAAUUAUUGCUCUAAAAUUGCAAGUAUAGAAAAUGAGACAAUUAAUCUUCGUGAUUUAACAAAUAAUCUAAACGAAGAGUUAGAAAAGAUCAAAAAGGAACUUACGUCGAAGAAUAUCACGUUUCUUCAAAUGCAAGAUAAAUACAAAGAUUCCACCAAUCAAUUAGAUGUUAUAUGUCAAGAGCUUGUGAAAGAAAAAGAGAAACUAGCUAGGGCUGAAAAUACAAAUUGUGGCUUGAAUCAACAGUUACAGGCAUACAUAAACGAAAACUACCACCUUGGCCAACAAAACGUUUCACUUAAAGAAAAUAAUUCCACAUAUAUAACUGAGUUACAAGGUAUGCGUAAGUCUCUGCUUCAGCUGGAAAAAGAAUGUUAUUUAAAAGACCGAUCUUUAAUGUACAUGUCAGCUGACUUAACUGAAGUAGCUGUGAGCAGGUCGGAACUUUGUAAGGAAUCUCAACAUAUAGUUUCAUGCAUUCGCGAUUAUAUGGAUCAGCAAAAGAAAUACAUUGAAAACUUAACUAAAAAUUUGAAAAACAAGCAACGAUAUAUAAUGCAACUUGUAUUUGACAACAAAACUCUGUUACGUAAGAUCAAAAAAUUAAAAAGAAUUAAUUUAUUGACAAAACGGAGAAGAACUCAUAAACAACUGAAUAGUAGGAGUUUUAAGAAAGUAUCUAUCAAUGGUUACAUCUCACCAUCGGAUGUACAAAAUGCAGACAUGGAUCUAACUCCAUGUUCAAGUUACACAGAUUUAUGCAAGAAAUUUUUCAGAGAAACGAUUAGAACAAAUCGAUCUACAUCAACAUCUGGUGAUUCAUGGUUUCCCAAAAUGGAGGAUCUAACACACGAAAUGCGGAAAAAUAAUCAACGGUGGAAUCAAAAUUUUAAUAACGAAACAGAAUCUGACACUUCGUUAGAGGAAAGCCGGGAUUACGGUUAUCAGUCUUCUACAAGUAAAUGAAGAACCAGAAGAAAUUUAAUUCGACUUUGAUUAUGACUGA